CAGAGCUCAACGGCGAGGGGCGCUUCGUGGUGUUUUGCUUCUCCUCGGACACAGGGAAGUGGGACGCAAUGGUGCGGCCAUCUCCGCUGCAGCCUGGGCGCGAGAUGCGCUUGUUCAAUCACGAGGUGCUGGCCUUUGGUGGACGUCUGUGGUGGGUGGAUGUGAGCUUGGGCGUCCUCUCCAUGGACCCGUUCAGUGACAAGUGUGAGCUCCGCCACGUCAAGCUGCCUCCCGGCAGCGCCCUUCCUCGCCAAUCGCACGCAGAGAUUUGCGACCUUAUCAAAUACAGGCGCAUGGGUGUCAGCGACGGGAAGCUGCUGUAUGUCGAGGUUUCCAUGGAGGCGCCCUACCAGAUCAGGUCAUUCGUGCUGGACGACGAGAGCGGCCGCUGGGCGUUGGAGCACCAGGUGUCACUGGAUGCCAAGGAGAGGCCUUUGGUUGGUGCGAUUGAUCCGCUGACUUGCUGUACCUCAACUUGGGCGCUGAAGUUACUGUUAGCGUGGACAUGCGCCGGAACAGGAUCAUUGCUCAGUCAUCUGUGUUGGCCAGUGGUAUCCAGCCAUGCUAUUGCGGGUCAAAUGUGUUCUUGCCAUGUGUGCUUCCGUCAUUUCUGGGAUCAAGCCAGAUUCCAGGCAAGAAGGGUGCCCCAAAACAGCAAACUUUAGCUGAUGUUCUGGUUCGUGCAGACAAAUGCUAGAAGAUAUGAAGAACUAACAGGUGCAGGUGCUCUGAUGGCUUAGGAAGCUGAUGAUGGUAGUUUGGUGAACUCUCGUUUUGCGGAAAACCUGGAGAAACAUGGUGUUUUAGGAAUUUGGUCGCAUUUUGGGGAUAGGAUUAACCUGAGAAGUUUGGCCUUGCUCUAGUUUGCUAAUGAACCAUGUCAUUGAACCAUGUGAGUUGUUCCGGACCUCCAGUGUAGGCCUGGAUAUUCCCAGCAUGUUGUCUCAAUUGAACCACCACGUAAUAUGACCAGUACAUCGGGCUGUUACGUUCUGCUAUUGUUAAGU